AUGUCAUCAUCAUCAUUGCCACUGCAUAUGUAUAUUAGACCAUUGACGAUAGAAGAUUGCGAUGCGUCAGUUGCUCUUGAAUCGCAGGGGUUCCCACCAGAGGAAAGAGCUGGAAAGGAGAAGAUCGAGUUUAGAUUGAAGGAGUGUCCCGAGCUUACUUCGGGGCUAUUCAUCAGGGAGGUCAAGGGUACCCAGAUUCUCGGAGAGAAGCUUAUUGGGCAUAUUCUUGGUACCAAGUUGCCAAUCCCAAAGAACGGAACCAAGGAAACGACUUUUAUAACCAACGAAAGCAUGGCAUUUACUCACGACGAUGCAUCGCCUGUGAUUGCUGUUCACUCGGUAGUCAUUGAUCCUCAACACCAGAAGAAGAACUUGGCUACGCUUCUACUAACCGAUUACAUCCAGAAAAUGUCUAACCAGGAGAUUGGUGAUCAGAUUGUCAUCAUUGCCCAUAAAGAACUCGUACCAUUCUACGAAAGAAUUGGCUUCAAGUUGGUGGGUGAAAACAAGUCCGUGACAAGUAAGGACGGUAAGGUCUGGUGUGACAUGGUGAGGGAGUUGGUAAAGGAAGAAUAUGAAACCUGA